CUAGGGAUUGGCAGUUUUCAGACAAACCCUGCCGGUUUAACAGGUUCUUUGGGGGCAGCAGGAACAUCGUCUCUGGGAAAUCCAUUUGGCACCACCACAGGACUCGGUGGUACCAGUCUAACAUCAGGCUCCACAUUUGGAACGCCUCUUGGUACCAACACUUUAGGAGCCACGGGUCUCGGAGCGACCACUGGAUUUGGGACCCCAAGUCUUACAGGAGGAUUUGGUACCCCUGCCCUUGGGUCCUCCACAGGAGGAGCUUUUGCCUCCACAGGAACAGGACUUGGGGGAACCGGUUUUGGCACAGGGACUUCAGCGUUUACUGCACAACCGAAGUUUCAGCUUCAAAGGCCACCGGCUGGUAACAAGCGAGGCAAAAGGAGAUGA